UGCGAACAGUGUUAUCUCUAACUCCGAAAUCAUUCACAAAGCUAAGAAUCGCAAGUGGUGCUGGAGAUGAUGGACAAUUGUUGUCAUGAAGACUAACAAUACGGGAAUAUUUUUAAAAACUUGCGACGAUGUAUGGUUCUAGAAUGGCAUCCUUCAGCGGUGGUGGCGGCUCCUCGGUGUCAGAACGGAAAAAGUUCUUCGAAAACUGCAUCAGCGAACAAAAGCAAAGAGAAUCUCUUUACGCUCCACCCUCAGUGGCAAGUACUACGUCUCGAACAACUGAUAGUUGUAUGUCAAAUGGAUCGAGAACGUCAGAGUUUCUCGAAGAAAGAUCGGAUUCUGAAAGUUUAUUUCACAACAUCAGUGACAGGACGGACCCCGACGAAUCAUAUGGCACAUUCGGAACGUUCUUUACAAAAUCAGGAUCUACUUCGGACUCAGAUUUCCAUCAUUUUACUAGAUCAGAGUCCGAUUCAGAGCCUGAUUCAGAUGUAAAUUUUCCUUUGUUAUUCGAGCAAGAAAAUAUAUUUUAUGAAUCGAACGAGAAGAACACUUCACUCGGUAUUACAUCAAUCAAUUGUGACGAGGAUGUGAAAGGAGAUUCAGUUCCUCAAAGCCAUUCUUACCUACAAAAAGCGCAGAGCUUAGACGAAAAACUUCUUCCGUUUCUGGACGAAGAGCUGGAGGAAGAGCCAGGAAGUCAAGCCUUUGUAGAAGUUCCAAAUCACAGUUCGGAUCUAACGUCUACUUAUGGGCGUGUGAAUACAUUUGAAGAAUUCGACGCCUGGGUUUCAAACCACAUUACUUCCUGCUCAGAGAAGAAGGACAAGGCGAUUGAACAAGAAAAUGAAAUACAACGUGGAGUUGAAGAAAGUGAAAUCCAACGUGUGGUCAAAAUUCAAGUCACAACUACACCAGCGCCGACGAAAGAUUUUCAAGGCGUAGAUGAUUUUGCGGCGAAGGGGAAGAAGAACAUUGAUGUGAUGAUAGCAGAGUUUCAGAAGGUGUCUUCGGAGCUUUCGAAGGAAUUAUCUUUCACACCUCCCACGAGUCGUUCAAAUUCGGAUGAUUAUUCGAACAGUCAAUCGUACCAUGCCAGUAAUCAAAUAWAUGAAAUUCCCAAAGACAGUACCACUCAUCCUACCAAUUCAGCAGAAGAGAGUUUAUCGUAUAACUCCCUUCCUGCACUAUCAAUUGAUGAUAUCAAUAUACUGAAGGAGAUACACGAGAAACAACUUCCAACUGAUGUGUGCAUCAGUAAAGAUUACGUUUGCGCAUCUGAGAGUACGGAUUGUUCGAUCGACAGUUUAGGUAAUGCCGAAACGACGAAAUCAGUAUGUUCGAGGUCGGGAAAAUCGUUAGGGUCGUUGCGAUAUCUCAGACGAAAUAAAGGUGAAGGAAUGGGGAAAAUGCUCAAAAGAGCCAAGAAAGGAAUGGGAAAAUCUGCGAAAAACAUUUCAUCGCUCAUGAAGAAAACCGUAAAAAGCAAGACAGCGAAGGAGCUUUCUGCGAACGAGAAGCAAGCGUCGAAGGCAAGUGCUGAUCACAACCAGUACAGGGAUUUCUUCAAUGAGAAGUUAGCCGAAUUGCUGAUGAGACGUCACAAAGGAAUAUCAAAGGCAAGCCAAUACCUUACCACUGGCAAAAAUUUAUUGAACAAUGGAGCUCAGUACAAGAAAAAUCACGAUUUUGUAAGAUCAAAAGAAAUGAUUCAGAAAGCUCACACAUAUGCCUUUGUUGGUAGACAAUUGGCGAAACAGUAUUUGUUAGAACACCAGGACGAGAUUUACGAUUCAACAACUAUGAUGACACAAAGUGAUCUAACAUCAUCAGAAAACGAAGACGCCAUCAAUGCAUUCGAAGACUUCUUCUUCGCAUUUUUGCAUUGCGUCGGCCCGUGUUACGGCUAUGAAGAUAAUCAUGGGGAAAUCCAGGUUCACGAUACACUCGAAAUCCUUAGCAAGGUUUCCGAAGAAGAAACAGAUGCAAUUAAUCGCCGACUGCCAAACAACGGAACCGUAAAUGAUGGCAAAGAAAAAAUAAGAGCUGCAAUCGAACGCGCUCUUCAACAAACCGACAGUUUUGAUCAGAAAGACGAACACGAAACUGCUCAGGAUAGAAAUCUGGCCAUUCGCCAAUUCCUGUCCGAUCUACAAUCCUUCUACCAGGUUGACACCUUUCUAAACCUGUCUUCUGUUGCUUUAAGUCGGAAGUGUACUUCCGAAAGCACUCGAGAGGGAAAUUCUUCAAAAAGUCAGAUAGAACAGGACGGUACGGAUGAAACCGAAGCUGCACAGUGUAGUGGUUCGCAAGAGGAGGGUUCUCAAGAGAGCAAGUUCAGUAUGAUUAGUAAAUCGUUAUCUGACAAUUGUUCCGGUCGAAGUAGUUUUCUUGCUUGUUCCGUUAGCACAACAAGAUCAAUGAGGCCAGAAAAGACAGUGAAGAGAUCUAGGUCCAAGGAAAGAGAGGGACGAAAAGAAGAGUCGCAGGUAAAAGGCAUUGAGCCGGGAACAACAGUUCUAAAAAUUCCGAUGAAAAAGAGAGGAAGGCUGAAAAAUAAGACGAAACCCACUAAUGAUAACAAAAAGAAAAAAUGGCUAUCCGCCAUUCGAAUCAAAAGGAAGGCAUAAACAACCUAUGGAUCAAUCGAUGGAUGCAUAGAGGUCUUCCGCCAGUCGACGCAAAAGGAAUACGUAAACCAUGGAUCAAUCGAUGGAUGCAUGGAAUUCUUGUUUUGUAUCGGUUCGCCUCCAGAGGGUUUCAUGAUGAUGCAAACCCCAAGAUGUACGUAAUUUUAAUCAUAUAAUACAUAACAUAAUGCUAU